GACACCUUCCCGGCAGUGGGAACCGUCCUCUCCCGCCCCUGGUUAGGCCAAGGGCGGGACACUUUCAAUUCCUUCACCUCCUUUCACUAACAGAAAACCCCACGGGAAUCUCAAGCAGGCUGCAGGCCUUUCUCAGUUCUCGAUUAAUCUUCAAAGACAUUCCUUCCGUCCUAGUCCGGAGGAGUGGCCCAGUAAAAUGAAUGAGUUUUUAAAAUUCUGGAUUAGAACAAGAAAGAGGAAGUGGAACCUGUGUUAAAUCAUCCUGAUGUUCUUGUAUGUGUGGGAAGAGAGCAGAGAUACUGGAUAACUUUAAACUUUCUUAAGAUGAGGAAACUGAAGACCCGAGGAGGUGAAAAGACUUGUUUAAGAGAGUACACAGAUUUGCUCAAGAUUCCCUGUCUACCCCUGCGCCGCCAGGAGGACAGUAAAGCCUUGCAGAGGCUGCAUCGGCAGCUACUUUCUCAUUUCUUGUUUGCUGUGUGGACAGACAUUGCAGCUGUGGUGACUGACGGUUAUUGGUUGCCUAGUUACAAAUUAAAGUCUUCUUGGGCCACGGGCCUGCAUCUUUCUGUCUUGUUUGGUCACGUGGAAUGUCUUCUGGUGCUACUGGACCACAAUGCUACAAUCAACUGUAGACCUAAUGGGAAAACCCCUCUUCAUGUGGCUUGUGAAAUGGCCAACUUGGAUUGUGUUAAGAUUCUCUGUGACCGUGGAGCAAAGCUCAAUUGCUACUCCUUAAGUGGACACACGGCUUUACACUUCUGUACAACUCCAAGCUCCAUCCUCUGUGCCAAGCAAUUGGUUUGGAGAGGGGCGAACGUGAACAUGAAGACCAACAACCAGGAUGAGGAGACGCCCUUGCACACGGCUGCCCACUUCGGCCUCCCGGAGCUGGUGGCCUUCUACGUGGAGCACGGGGCCCUAGUGGACAGUGUGAACGCCCACAUGGAGACCCCACUGGCCGUCGCAACCUACUGGGCCCUCCGCUUUAAAGAGCAGGAGUACAGCAGGGAGCACCACCUCAUCUGCCGCAUGCUGCUGGACUACGAGGCCGAGGUCAACGCCCGCGAUGACGACUUUAAAACUCCGCUCCACAAGGCAGCCUGGAACUGUGACCACGUGCUCAUGCACAUGAUGCUGGAAGCUGGCGCAGAAGCCAAUCUCAUGGAUAUCAGUGGCUGUGCCGCCAUCCAGUAUGUGCUGAAGGUCACCUCCGUGCGACCUGCCGCCCAGCCUGAGAUCUGCUACCAGCUGCUGCUGAACCAUGGGGCGGCUCGAAUAUACCCUCCACAAUUCCAUAAGGUGAUACAGGCUUGCCAUUCUUAUCCCAAAGCAAUCGAAGUUGUCGUCAAUGCCUAUGAACAUAUCAGGUGGAACGUAAAGUGGAAAAGAGCUAUCCCUGAUGAUGACUUGGAGAGACACUGGGAUUUUUACCACUCUCUCUUCACUGUGUGCAGUAACUCUCCAAGGACUCUCAUGCAUUUAUCAAGAUGUGCCAUUCGAAGAACGUUACACAGCAGAUGUCACAGAGUAAUUCCUUUGCUUUCCCUCCCAUUGUCAUUGAAAAAGUACUUGCUUUUAGAGCCAGAGGGAAUCAUUUAUUAA